UAAGCUUUUUUUAAUGCCAUAGUUCCCUAGCAGUCGGAAGGCUGAAUCAGUCCCACAUUUUGUCACAGCCAGUGAAGGACCAGCAGCAAUGGAUGACGUCUAUAAAGCAGCGGUCGAGAACUUGACCGAGGAGCAAAAAAAUGAGUUCAAGGCUGCCUUUGACAUCUUCAUCCAAGAUGCAGAGGACGGCUGCAUCAGUACGAAGGAACUGGGGAAGGUGAUGAGGAUGCUGGGGCAAAAUCCGACGCCUGAAGAACUGCAGGAGAUGAUUGAUGAGGUGGAUGAAGAUGGCAGUGGCACAGUUGACUUUGAUGAGUUCUUGGUCAUGAUGGUCCGCUGUAUGAAGGAGGAGAGCAAAGGAAAACCAGAAGAGGAGCUGGCUGAACUUUUCCGAAUGUUUGACAAGAAUGGCGACGGCUACAUAGAUUUGGAGGAACUUAAGGCCAUGCUAGAGUCCACUGGAGAAUCCAUCACUGAAGAUGACAUUGAGGAGCUGAUGAAGGAUGGAGAUAAAAACAAUGACGGCAAAAUUGAUUAUGACGAAUUCCUGGAGUUCAUGAAAGGUGUUGAAUAAAGAAUUCAGAUGGAGGUGACACAACGGCCAUUCUUGUCUUCCUCCCGCUGCAAUGAUUCCUUCAGAUUGGCCUCUUUUCGUCCUGUACUUGAAGCAACAUGUGUCUUCAGCAGGCAUCGAAACUCCUUGCCAACUCUUCUGAAAAUAACUUCAGUGAAGCUCCAACAUUGUUUUACAAAUCCCCAGGUCACAUACACUAUUUGAAAUAAAACAAUUUUCAAAAUUACA